AUGGUACGUACGGCCCGGGAAGUCGCGCCGCUGGAGCGCGUUCAGGCGCUGCAAUCGCAUCUAGCGUCUUCGACAGACCUGAAUUCUAUUACGGAAUUGAUCAAGCAAAUUGAGGAGCUGCACACGCAACUUGAAGAAGUGGACGACCAGCGUUCUCACAUCAAAGCUUUGACUUUGGCCACUCGUGUUGUUUCUCAAGCCCUUGUGACUUUAUCCGACAAGGGCACAUUUGAUACGGAUUUAACUGAUGCGGAUGGCCGUCUCGUUCUUCAGGAGGCAUCAGAUGCCAAGGCCAAGGUAUCGCGUUGGCUCAGACAACAGUGGAACACGUUUGUGUCUCUUAUCUUGGACGAGCUUUUGUACUCGGAAUUUGCGCCGAUCAGGCAAGCUGCGCUAGAAGUAUGCAUGGCACUCCAGACAGCGUCUUCUGAAGCGCUGCACAAACAUGGCACGAUCAAGUCGGGUCGAUGGUCCGUCACACCUUUCCGUCCGCUUGUUCAAACUGUGCUGUGGCGGCAAGUACCAGACGAUGUGCUUGAAACAUUGGCUGAGGAGUAUCUCGAAGUAUAUGAUGAUGUGCGCUUCUUCUUUUGCAAGGAAGUGAGUCGUGUACUGCGCAAUGUACCCGACGCUAGCAUCAAGAAUGAGCGUGUUCGGUCGCAUGCUCGUGCCUUACUGAGUCGCAUAACUGCCAUACCUACUGAGCCGAGUCAUCUUAACAACUUUUUGAUUCCGCACUUAUCCCACGCACCCAAAAAGAAAAAGUCGAAUAAGAAGCCUAAACUUACCGUAUCGCAGGAUGGUGAUGACGAUGAUGGCAUCAUCGAGGCUGAGCCCACUCUUUCGGAAUCGGACGAGGAAAAAGAGGAUGAAGACUCCGGAUCGCGCAAGCGGCGCCGCUCACGCCAUGGUCUUGUAACAGAUGCUUUACAUACGCUUGGCUCCCAGCGUCAAGUAUUUGCUGCUGCAUGGCUCAGUCUAUUGCUCCCAUCGACACAUGUUGACGUUAAUGGACAGCGUAUCGUUCAUGGUGGCAAGUUGUCAACAGCUGAGACACACGAUAUUCUUGUGCGUCUUCAUGCUCAAAUUCUCCCGCACUUGCCUAAUCCCAGCAUGCUGCAUGACUUCUUGGUCGAUUGUCUCGAUACAAAGGGAACGACAGCCCUUCUUGCCCUUAAUGGUCUAUUUACACUAAUUGUACAUCACAAUUUGGACUACCCAGAUUUUUAUACCCGUCUUUACGCACUCCUAGAUGCAUCUGUAUUGCAUACGCGGUAUCGCAGUCGUUUCAUGCGUAUGCUGGACACGUUUCUGUCGUCCAUGCUCUUGCCUGUGGCCAUUGUCGCUUCUUUCGCCAAGCGUUUGAGCAGGCUGUCGCUUCGAGCGACGCCAGCCGCCCUUGUGGAAAUUAUACCUUUUAUCUGGAACAUGCUUAAGCAUCAUCCGAGCUGCAUGCAAAUGAUCCAUCGAGACUGGGAUGGUGACCACUUGGCCCUUGGACCGAGCGGAGUCCAGGAUCCAUUUGAUUCACACGAACCGAACCCACUGUUUACGCAUGCUUUAGAAAGCUCACUGUGGGAAAUUUCCACGUUUGGUGCUUAUCACCUAAGCCAGUCGAGCCAACACGGCAAGUCAGCCACAGAUGGAGGCGAUACGCAUUAUCUCGGAUCUGUCACGUCCUUCGCGUCGAUCUUUGCCGAACCAUUCACCCAGCAAAGGUAUGAGUUGGAGGACUUUCUCGAUACGACGUAUUCCACCAUGUUUGAAAACGAGACAAGGAAGACGCUCAAACGUCGCAACUCCUCGAAUAAGCCUGUCGUUCCUCCAGCCUUGAACUCUCUUGAUCUCACACUGACUGUACCGCCCAUCCUUGCUGAAAAAUCAGGGCAUCAUGACGCGGCCGUGCGGCGUGAAAUUCGUAAGCGCUUACAGAUGUACGCCUUCCCGAGUACGGACCCACCGCAGGGCGAUACGCCGCUUGAGCAAGACCGACGUGCCUUGCGAUUAGAUGACUGUGCCCGCCUCUGGAACAUAUUCUGA